ACGACGUCGAUGCUACCGUCGAUGCUGCGAGCCGAUCUCGCGCACGCGACGCAGUUGGACGGGAACGCGCGAACCCGCUGUGCGAGCUACGUCCAGAAGGGCAAGAGGGAGGGGGAGUCACGCGCGGAGGGUUGUUGGGUUUAUUCAAGGUUGAGCGAACCUCACGUGUCGCUUGUCAAAGGCCGGCAGACGCGAGUCACCGCGACGACUCGGGAGCGUCGAUGGAGGACCGGCGGGACUGUUGAACUCGACUCGCGACAGGUGGGAACAUGCCCGGACGCUCGCCGGCGAGGGCGUACGAGCGGCCCAUAGACUUCGCGGGCCGCAAGCUCGCCGCUACUUGAAUGCCACCGCCGCGGGAGGUGAGCUCCUCCGCGAUUAUCUCUAAAGCGUAGGCCCCCCCGUCAGAGUCAGUCAUUAUCUCCGCAAUAAGCUCGAACAUCUCUCGGAGUGCGUUCCUCUCCUCGUUACAAGAACAAAUGACCAGGGCACGGGAUGGCCGAGUCCUGGCUCUCGGUCACGGUGACCACGAUGACGAUGAUGGCCUGCGUGACGCUGACGAGAGCGACCGAUCCAUCCUCGUCGGCACCCCUCACGACGACCGUUCGUGACGAUCUUCCGCUCGACUCGAAACGGGCGGCCAUCGAGGAGGCGUUGGACGUGAUCGAGGCGGCGUCCACCGGCUCCCUCGGCGAGGUGUGCGUGAACACGGCAGGGUUCAAGUCGCUGCCGGCCGGCGUCGAGCUGGACCCGAGACGUUACGACGCAGCGCGUCAGAAGGCUGACAUGACGGCGAUGGUGCUCCAAAAUUUCGGCGCCGCCGAGGCGACGCGACGUAACGCUCUCCUGGACGCCCUGACCAAGUCGCUGCUCGUGUCGGUGAACGAUGCGGUGGAAGCGAGGGUGAUCGCGCUCAACGCAUCCACCGGCACCGUCAUCGCCGCGGUGUGGCUGAAACGCAGCCCCGGAAGCGUCGGCGAACCCACCAAGGUCGAGAACCACGCUCUUCAGCCCGGCUCGCAGCCGGACCCCAGUUUGCCGUGGUUCGAGAACGCCGGCGGUAGCACCGAGCUAAGGUCACCGAAAUUCAUGCAGUCACCGCCGAUUGAAUCCUACAGGGGUUGGUGGACCAUCCCGUACUUCUCCUGCAAGACCCGCCGCUGGCUCAUCUCGUACAGCGUCAACGUCAAGUCACCGGACGUCCGACCCGGGGUGCGAGAAUUCAUAAGUAUGGACGUCGACAUAAGCGGCUUGGAGGUGAACCAGUGCGAUGCGCCGCCGCCGCCGCUGCCGCCGCCGCUUCCGCCGCCGCCGCCGCCGCCGCCAUCGCGAGACGGCAACGACGGAGUCGAGCCUCCCGCGAGCAAUCAGAUCGCCUUCUUCAAGGGCACUCACAAGUGCCACACCGACACCACGCAAUGCGUGUAUCAGGGUCCGGACAAUCGUGUGAACGAAAAUGGCGUGGGUGCUGGUUGGUCGAAGGGCGCGUACGCGUGUAAAUGCCGGCAGGGCUUCUACAGCGUCAGCCACCAGCGGGCAGGUUUCGACGGGAUCCUCGUGGAAGCCGCGUGGAAGGAGAUGAAGGAGAACAGGAGCGACUCGUACGAGAGGGUGUUCCGGUGUUCGCGCUGUGCCCCAGGAUGCGCGAGAUGCAAAGGUCCCGAGCCCUGCUUAGCGACGUACAACUGGCCCUUCAGAAUCACGCUGUUAGCCGUCUCCAUCUUUUGCGCGUUCGGCACGAUCGUGUUGGUGGCGUACAUGUACCAGCAUCGCAAGCUGAAGGUGUUCAAGGUCGCUUCCCCGAUCUUCCUGUCUAUCACGCUUCUGGGCUGCGCCUUGAUGUAUCUCGAGAUGGCCGCGAUAUUUCCGGUUCUCGACAUGUACUCGUGCAUCGCCACCAAGUGGACGAGGCAUAUGGGCUUUUGCGUCUCGUACACGGCGCUGCUGAUGAAGACCUGGCGGGUUUCGCUCACGUAUCGGGUGAAAAGCGCGCACAAGGUUAAGCUGACGGACAAGCAGCUGCUACAGUGGAUGGUGCCGAUUCUGCUGGUAAUGCUGAUCUAUCUCGGCACAUGGACCUUGAGCGCGCCGCCUUACGCGGAGGUGAUCGCUGAUAAUCACGAUCUCAAGUUCUACCAGUGUUCUUACAACUGGUGGGAUCACAGCUUGGCUAUCGGUGAAAUUCUCUUUCUCGCCUGGGGCAUAAAGGUAUGUUACAACGUGCGAAACGCGGAGAGUCUAUUUAACGAAGCCCGUUUGAUAAGUUACGCCAUUUACAAUAUAGCCGCGGUGAACAUAACCAUGAUAGCCAUUCAUCUCCUCAUAUUUCCCCACGCCGGGCCGGAUAUCAAGUACCUGCUGGGCUUUCUGCGGACUCAAUUCUCCACGUCCGUCACAAUCCUCCUCGUGUUCGGUCCUAAGGUGAUCAGAGUGUUACGAGGCCAAGGAGAUCAAUGGGACAGUCGAGCGAGAGCGCGCGGCGUCACGGCGAGCUUUUCUCUCAACGGGAUCGGUUUGGUACCGGAGGAGACGACGGACUUGUACCAAGAAAACGAAGAGCUUAAGGAGGAGAUCCAGAAGUUGGCGGCGCGCAUCGAGUUCAUGAAGAUCGUGCACAUGGAGAUGCACAACAGGCACAUCAAGCCGAAGAUGGGCGGUUACUUCAGCACUCACGGCCACGGCCACGGGCAUCCGUCGACCGGCCAGAGCCCGAUCGCCAAGAGUUCCACGGCCAGUUUUAUCCUCAAACAGACGGCCGUGGAGCGAGGUGCGACGGCAGCCGCGGCCGCGGCCGUCGAGGACUCGACCUUUCCGUCCGGCAGUCUGCACCGAGCGCGCAGGAUGGAGAUGUUGAAGGAGCGAAAAGCGGAGCGUGAGAGGGAGCGGAACAAGGAGAAGGAGCAGAAGGAGAAGUCGCAGCAGGAGAAGCAGCAAGAGAGGCGGUCGAGCGGCGAGAAGGUCUGACUAGUGAUCAAUAGCGAGGAGAUAUGGUUGUGACAAAGACAGUGCGCCGACAGAAGCCAAAAGACGGAAAGGACGACGGGGCAGACGAUAACAGUGACAACGAGGAGGAGGAAGAGAAGGAGGAGGAGGCAGAAGGGAGAGCUGAAGAAAUUCAGGCUGCAUCCUAUGAUGGACAGGAGACUGCCCGUGUUCGUGUGAUGACGACCGUCGUCAAAUCAAAACCACCGCGUUCCACUGUCUUUGCGCCAUUGUGAUAGAGAUUCGUAAUUAUUAGUCGUACGUCAUCAGUCAAAUUGAAAUCAAACUCUUCGAGGAGAGAUAACUCGCCGGAAAGGGAAAGGCUACGCCGACGACGACGACGACGGUGGCGUCGCGUUCCUAUUUAUUUCGUAACGACGACGGCAUCGCUUCCGGGAACACAGCAAACAAAUUCACUUCAGUGACAUUGUUUCUCCGAUGUAAAGAAUGCACUCGAGCGCGCAACGGACGUCGUUGGCUAAUUACGAAACGAAUUGUUUCUCCAAGCCAGGUGCUUCGCUGAAAGAUCAGACGCGGGAGAGACGCGAGAAAAUGAAAAAUAAAUCGAGCUGUCACAAAUGCACAAAGAAUGCACAGACGAGAGUCCGCGAAUCAUCGUCGUCGUCGUCGUCGUCGUCGUCGUCGUCGUCCUCGUCGUCGCUUCGACGACGAUUAUUUUUGCUCACCCGGCGAAACGAGCGACGUCGCUUUUUCCGCCGCGAGCAUUCGAUAGAAAUGUAAGAGACACGCGAGAAUUUCAGUUGCCCUUAUCGAAAUUAUUUUUACGUCUGUUCACGACGGCGCACGCGAACGCGCGUGCGCGCGCUUUUGCCAAACAGCACACUAUCCCACGAGAGAUACCACACACACACACUCACACACACACACACACAUACACACACAAAUACAAACACGCGUUCAAUAUUAAGGGAAAAACAGCGGACGGAGGGUUGCCCUUCUUAAAUGUUGUUACACAAGCGUCGUGUCACGCUCUUGGAUUUAUAAUAGCACCGACUUGCAGGCGAUCUUAUCACGCCGAAGUGAGAGACAUCCUCAUCUUCCGCAGGAUACUUAAAUACACAUCAAUUUCAAUGUAAAUGUUAAUUUAAGCGAUUAAUAGGAUACGAGUAAAGUAGACAGAGACAGAGAGAGAGAGAGAGAGAGAGAGAGAGAGAGAGACGCGAGUACUUUUUCCAAUUUGAAUCUCGGACAUCCGCGACAGGCUUGACCACGACAAAAAAUAUACCAGAAAAUAAAUGUUGUUAUCGAGCUUAUAAGGAAAUUGCAUUUUCAUGUGUACGUUGAGUUUCGUUGCGUCGAGUUUUUCAACGAGUCACCGUCGACGCGAGGACGUGUGUCUCGUCGUUCCCUCGCUCGUUUCGUUCGUCUUCUUCUUUCGCGUUCGUCGUCCUCGUAUUCUUAGUUACAAGUGUACCGUGUGCUCGUGCUCGUUCGUAGAGUCGCAUUUAAAAAAUUGCGAACCGACCGAGCGACAAACUCUACUCGUGGCAGGUUGUAAUAAGUGUUUACAUGUGACAAUAAAGUUACGCAACGGGCUGGUCGAAAGUGCCGCGGCAUCACACGCGGGUCGGCACGCGCCCGCCCGUAAAGAGAAAAAAAAAAAAGACAAACAAAAUAUAAAGAGAGAAUAAUCAAAAACAGAAGCGUAGCGUUGUUUGAGAGGGAAAGGAAAGUGGAAUGGAAGGGGGAGAACGAGGAAAAUAGCGUGUGAAGCGAUUUCAAGAGCGGGUUCAAUGAGAAAACCUUCGCCUUGUUGGUUUACACUUUUUUAAGAGCUUACGUUUUUCUCACGGUAGACACUGUUAUCGUAGUCGAGAUCGUACAGAGUCGCGCGUUAACAACGACCGCGGCCGCGGCCGGGUAUUGCUGUUCGUGUCUAAGAUAUUUAUCGUACGUAAUAUUAUUGUUGAGUACGCGCAUAAUGCGGCACCGGGAAGCUAGUGACAAGUAUGCGCGCGUUACCAGUACAAUGUAGAUAUUAUCCGACGACGAUGCAGGUUCGUCGAGUUGGAUCGAUCAUUGCGAGAUUUCACGUAAAUGCACGGAGUAUCGGUCCGCUCUUGAUUCUCCCUCACGGCGACAGGCGCUUUAGUAUCCUCUUUCUCAAGGAAGAAAAAGAGAAAGAAAAACGCGCAACCAUCGUUCCACAUUUUACCCUGAUAUUUUAUCGCUGAUUUUUCACUCGAUGGGGACAAUGAGUUCCGCGCGUUUCCCUCUCAAACCUCAAUUCCCACCCCUUGACAAGAAUCACGUAUUUUCGGCACAUCAGACGUGAAAAACAAGAGAUUGGUUGUAUAAACGUGACGAUGAAAGGAAAGGAGGCUAAAUCCGUUUUCAUUGAAGGAAACAGAGAUUGUAAUGAUUACACAAAGUAAAUUCGCUUCUGAGUCAAAAUUUCUGUUCCCUUCGAGCGAAAUUACGUACUUUGCCUUGUUCAACGCGUUGCGUUAAAAUCCAAUCCAAUCAAUCCUCUUUUCCCCUUGUGAAAGAGAGAUCGAUUUUUCCCUUCUUCUCAUCCGUUUCAUCCGACCCGACAUUGGGAACGAGCGAAAACUCGUCGACGAAACUCGCUUGACCGUCGAUGUUGAGUCAGCGCGGUGAGGAUAACGCGACGGAGAAUCGGACGGAGGACCGUCGAAGGCCCGAUGAGACGGAAACAAAGAGUCAAUUUCAAGGAUCGCCACGAAUCGAAGUCGUCGCGCGGAGACCUGUGACGUGUCGCGACACGGACUGUGUGCGUGUGUGUGCGUGCGUGUGUGUGUGUGUGUGUGUGUGUGUGUGUGAAUCGGUAAAUCCCCCUUUCGGAGCGCGACUCGCGCAGAUUAACGUUAGUGUAUUCGUUAUCGCUCGACAGCAUCAGCGUAAUAAUAAUCGAUUGAAAUUUCCAUUCUGUUGGCCGAUCACUAAGCGUUAAAUAAACGCGACGAGGACGUGACGAGAGUGCGGAGUGCGGAGUGAACAUCUCGUCGCGCGUCACGACACAUUCGAUGUUAAAAAGUCGUAAAAGGCGCUUUAGCUUUCGCCCACGCGCGUUCGGUAGCGCUCACGAUGUAGCCCGUAAGAGACGAACACGCUUUCGGUGUUGCGUAUAUAUUGUACGUGUGAAGACAAACCGCUUCGUUCUACGAGGAAGAGACAGGCGGAGUUGAGCAAAGAGAGAGCGAGAUUUACCCCGCAAAUUGUCCGCAUGUUCGCGGAGUCGCGCUGAAGAAAGUCAGCAAACGUUGCGAGUUCGAUCCAGGUAGAUCCUACAUCCGCGAACGGCGUUAUUUUUUUUGACACGACUGGGCAAAGAAGGAGGGGGGGGGGAGAGGCGGGAUGGAUGAUCGCUUUCCGUCGACGAGUACGAAGAAUUUAAUAACGCGCUCUCUACCCCCGUUCCUGGCCCCGCCGGACAAAAUCGAGAACACAAUGUGGAACCGAGUACGUAUUUGUAAAGAUAUACUGUAUGUCAGUGAAUACAAUAAUCUUGGAGACGUU